GUUCUACCAGUUGGUUUUAACCUAUUGAGCAGUUAAGUAGUAUCGGUGUAAAGCAAUUACAAUGUGUGGGGAUAUGGGAAAAGCUGUGUUGCGGGCCCUGACGGGUGCUCUCCUCUGUGGCCUCGUGUCUGAUGCGGCGUAUUUACAACAAUACGAAGACUACCCAGUAUACCAACAGGUGUACAAGAAACCUCUCAGGGAACACGAGAAGCCUCAAGACCUCCGUAAUGUACCAGGCGUUCCUGGCGUGGACUAUCCAAUUUACCACCAGGUCCCGGAGACCAGCUUCUCCUGCGCCCAUGUACCUGUUCACCCUGGAAUGUACGCUAAUGUAGAGACCGGAUGUCAGGCGUACCACGUCUGCCAUGAUGGUAGGGAGGGUCACCAGGGAGCCUCGUUCCUGUGCACUAAUGGGACUCUCUUUGACCAAGCUAAGUUCGCUUGUGACUGGUGGUAUAACGUUGAUUGCUCGCAGGCGAUUGACCACUAUAGAUUAAAUGCUGAUCCGCUGAAGAACCCCUAUGUGCCGAAACCAAAACCGGAAGAAGUUCACAAGGAAGCCCCAUACGGCAUUUAUUACAGGAAAUUAGAUUAGGUAUUUCACAAAGUCGCCACCUACUAUUACAAAUAGCGCGUAUACAUAAAAGUUCAAAUUAGUAAGACGAAAGUUUACCUAGAAGUUAUUAAAGAAAACACUGUUUUUGGUUUACUUUUAAAUGAUCUUUUAUCGAUCUAGCAAUUUUUAUAUCAUACUAGCUGACCCGACAAACGUUGUUUUGCCAUGUAUACUAUUUCUAAGAAACAUUGUUUUCGUUCAAUAAAAACUAU